UUCUGGUGCAGGCAUGCAGCGAGCGUCCUGUGUCCACAGUUCAUUUUUAGCCCAGUCUUGCAGCAGGGAGCUGUUUGGAAACAUGCAUUGAAUGCUCAUUGUUCGGCGGUGGAUACAGUAACAGGCUCAGCACUGGACCACGCUUUGAUCAUCUGGCCUGAUGUCUGACGUGGGCUGCACAGAGGUUCACUGACACUCAGAUUACGGCAUUUUGUAGGCGACUUUGGCCGUGAAGAUGACAGCCUAGUGAUGUGGAUCUGCUACCGGCCUCGAGCUUCCCGUGGAAGGUAGACUUGCCGCCUGCCACCAUCAUGCGCCUGAUACGGAUAAAGACGCCAUAUUUGUUACUGCCCAUACUAUCAGCGAUGAUGUUCCACCUGUCAGCGCUGCAAGUUGGAGCCAAGUAUUCAGAAGCAGAGCUACAGGAGCAGUGCUCCAAAAGACAGCACCCUAUCCUCGCCUUUCAAGAAGUCAAGCCGUGGCUGUCUAAUUUCACCUAUUCUGAUGCCCGGGACUUUUCACAGUUAGCGCUCGAUGUCGGCAGGAAUCAGCUCAUUGUGGGAGCCAGGAACUACCUCUUCAGACUCAGUCUGUUCAACGUCUCUCUUAUCCAGGCAACAGAAUGGUCUUCAGAUGAAGAUACCCGGAGAUCCUGCCAAAGUAAAGGGAAGAUGGAGGAGGAGUGCCAGAAUUAUGUGCGAGUCUUGAUAGUGAACGGGAAGAGAGUAUUCACCUGUGGAACAAACGCCUUCUCACCGGUGUGCACCAGCCGCCAGGUGGGGAACCUAAGCCGUGUGAUUGAGAAGAUAAAUGGGGUGGCACGCUGCCCAUAUGACCCCCGGCACAAUUCUACGGCAGUAAUCACAUCACGAGGCGAGCUCUACGCAGCAACCGUCAUUGACUUUUCAGGCCGUGAUCCUGCCAUCUACCGCAGUCUGGGAAACGUACCGCCACUGCGCACCGCGCAGUAUAACUCCAAGUGGCUGAAUGAACCCAACUUUGUGGCCGCCUACGACAUUGGUCUGUUCACGUAUUUCUUUUUUCGGGAAAACGCUGUAGAACACGACUGUGGGAAAACGGUGUAUUCGCGAGUAGCCAGAGUCUGUAAAAAUGACUUUGGUGGCCGCUUCUUGCUGGAAGAUACGUGGACGACAUUCAUGAAAGCGCGACUGAACUGCUCACGGUCAGGCGAGAUCCCAUUUUACUACAAUGAACUUCAGAGCACUUUCCUCCUUCCUGAACAGGACCUGAUAUACGGCGUUUUUACUACAAACAUAAACAGCAUCGCAGCGUCUGCAGUCUGUGCCUUCAACCUCAGCGCCAUUACCCAGGCCUUUAACGGUCCGUUCAGAUACCAAGAAAACCCCAGGUCUGCUUGGUUGCCGACCAUUAACCCCAUACCCAACUUUCAGUGUGGGAUCCUGAAUGACGAUAGUCCCAACGAGAACCUGACAGAGAGGAGUUUGCAGGACGCACAGCGGCUCUUCCUUAUGAAUGACGUUGUGCAGCCGGUGUCGGUGGAUCCGCUGGUCACACAGGACAGUGUGCGCUUUUCUAAGCUUGUUGUGGACAUUGUGCAGGGGAAGGACACGCUGUACCACGUCAUGUACAUUGGGACAGAACAUGGCACGAUCCUGAAAGCCCUGUCCACUGCCAACCGCAGCCUGCGGAGCUGUUACUUGGAGGAGAUGCACAUCCUUCCUACUGGGCAGGAGGAGUCAAUCCGCAGCUUGCAGAUCCUCCACAGCAACAGAUCUCUGUUUGUGGGACUAAACCAUGGCAUCAUCAAGGUGCCCCUGGAGAGAUGCUCUAUUUACCGAUCGGAAGGGACAUGUCUGGGCGCCAGAGACCCAUACUGCGGCUGGGACAGCAAGAAGAAACGCUGCAGUACCCUGGAAGAUAGCUCCAACAUGAGCCUGUGGGCGCAGAACAUCACAGAGUGCCCAGUCCGGAACCUGACUGUGAAUGGAGGAUUGGGGGUCUGGUCCACAUGGCAGCCUUGCCAGAAUUCAGAUGGAGACUCCUCAUGUCUGUGCCGCUCCCGAGCUUGUGAUAACCCUGUGCCUCGCUGCGGAGGGCGAGACUGUGUUGGGCCACGCAUAGAGAUUGCCAACUGUUCAAGAAAUGGUGGCUGGACGCCGUGGUCGUCGUGGGCUCAGUGCAGCACAUCCUGUGGUAUUGGCUUUCAGGUGCGCCAACGCACAUGCAGUAACCCUGCACCCCGCUUUGGAGGAAGAGUGUGCGUGGGCCAGAGCAGGGAGGAACGAUUCUGCAAUGAGCACAGCCCGUGUCCGGUGCCCAUUUUCUGGUCUUCCUGGGGUUCGUGGAGUAAAUGCAGUGUGGAUUGCGGAGGAGGAAUACACUCCAGACAGCGCUCCUGCGAAAACGGCAAUACCUGCCCUGGUUGUGCAAUGGAGUACAGAAGCUGUAACUCGGAUGCCUGUCCAGAGGUGCGCAGGAACACACCGUGGACUCCCUGGAUGCCAGUUAACAUCACACAAGGAGGUGCCCGUCAAGAACAGCGUUUCCGCUACACAUGUCGUGCUCAACUAUCUGACCCCCAUGAGCUACAGUUUGGGAGGAAAAAGACUGAGACUCGGUACUGCCCCAAUGAUGGAUCUGCAGCAUGUGAAACAGAUUCUCUCGUGGAUGACUUGAUGCGCAGCAGUAAGACGCCAUCUCGUGUAAUCAGCGGAGGUUGGAGCCCAUGGGGACCUUGGUCAUCCUGUUCUCGGGACUGCGAGUUGGGCUUCCGAUCUAGGAAGAGAGCUUGCAGUAGCCCUGAACCACGGAAUGGGGGUCUGCCAUGUGUGGGAUCUACUACUGAAUUCCAGGAUUGCAACCCCCAGUUCUGCCCAGUGAAAGGAUCCUGGUCAUGCUGGUCAUCUUGGACUCAAUGCUCGGCCACCUGUGGAGGCGGCCAUUAUCAGCGCACUCGCACCUGUACUAAUCCAACGCCAUCUAACGGCGGAGAUAUCUGCAUUGGUCUGCACACUGAGGAAGCUCUUUGUAACACAUACCCCUGUGAAGGAGGCUGGGCAGAGUGGGGUGAAUGGAGCAUGUGUCACGAAGACGGAACGCAGUAUCGCACGCGCUACUGUGAUAUCCACAGCCCUGGGCCCACCCAGUGUGCUGGAAAUGGCACCCAGUACAGAGACUGCAUAUACAACGAAAUCCCAGUCAUUCUUCCAGCUUCCAGCAUUGAUGAGAACCCAGAAUGUGGAGGCUUCAGUCUGAUCCAUCUGAUUGCAACCGGCAUUUCCUGCUUUUUUGGCUCCAGCCUCUUGACGUUCGUGAUCUAUGUUUAUUGCCAGCGAUGCCAGAGACAAUCACAGGAAUCCACUGUCAUCCAUCCGGCCACACCGAACCACCUGCAUUACAAGGGCAGCUCCACUCCCAAGAAUGAAAAGUACACUCCUAUGGAGUUCAAGACGCUCAAUAAGAAUAACUUGCUGCCAGACGACCGGACCAACUUUUAUCCUUUACAACAGACAAAUGUGUACACAACCACGUAUUAUCCAAGCACGCUGAGCAAGUAUGAUUUCAGACCAGAUUCCUCACCAGGCAGAACAUACACUAAUAGCUGAGAUAUGGCGCGGACCACCAUCCACGUCUUGUUGCUGAGACGCCCUGCCCUUUUCAACGUUCCAUAAACCAUUGCCCAGCUCCGUCUCCAUAGCUGGACCUGUUGGGUGAGCUCCAACUGGACCCGCUGAUCCUACUUUGUGAACUCUUAUGGUGUUGGACUGGAGGAGACUCUGGGACUCUGCUAUCAUAGCAUCUUCAUGGUUGGUAAAGGAGCAGUUUUUUAAAGGCCUCUGUUUACUUAUUGACACAAUGUGCUGCUUGUGCAAGGAAGCCAGGUUCCGUGCUGAGUUCCAUUUUGUACCCUGGUGUUUUUUGGGACACACUUGACAUGUUUCAUUUUGAGCAACAUUCCCGUUAAUAAUGGAAAUGACUUCUUGAACACAGAAUGAUGUCACUGCUUUGCAUGAACAGCUAAGAAGAUCUACACUGGGCGGCGUUUUCUUGCUUUUCCUAUAGACUAUACUGUGGAUGAUUCUCAGAAUCAACCAAACAGCCUCAAACUUCCUCUGGGUCAACUCUGUCAAACUGCGAUGGGAACCGAGGAGGCCGAAGAAACGUACUCUUUUUGUAAGACAGUUUUGUGUGCAUUUCCAGAGUGCGUGAAAUACUGUUAGGGGUUAACAUGCAAAAUAGAGGUUGUUCGACAUGACAGCGGUCUAACGUCACUGGAUUUAUAUGUGUCUAACUGCUCCCUUUAUUGAGAAUACAUUGUCACAAAGUGCUCAUGGGGUGUUACUAUAGGCAGCCGUGAGAAAGGUGAUGGUUUUGUGUAAAGUUUAACCUGAAAGCUGCAGAGCCAAGCGUAAAUGGCGUUCUUUAACCCCCUUUUAUCAGUACACUGUUUGGGAAUGUAAUGUGUUUUGGUCAGAUGUGAAAUCAGAUUGAAUUGUACAUCCCUAUACAUAGAGCACGUUCAACAUGCCUGACAGGGGAGGAGCUUAGAUAUGUCAAUGACAUCUCAGCCUAUCUGAGGGCUACUGUGUGUUUCGGAGGCGCCCUCAGAUUGGCUAGAAAUAUGUCAUUAUUUUGUAUAAAGAUUCAUUUUUCAUUGUGGAACACUUUCUGUCUAAUGCCAUUUUCAGCCAUGGUCAUGUUUACUAGGAUUCUGAUCGUUUUAUUCCUUUCUUUAGCAUAGUUUGUAUAAAGAGUAUCAGGAAAGAGGCCAUCUUGUCUUCCACACUGUAGCGCUGUAGAAAACUAAAGGUGUGAUCCAAAAAUAUGCAUAAACCGCUGGAUAAAUCAACUCCCAGAUAGCUCACGGGCUGGAGAGUACAAGUCCAUGCUUAGUCAGCCAACUGCAGCUUUGUAGUCCGUGGCAGGAAGAGCGCCAAUCACUGCCUGUCCCUGUGCGUCAAACCUCCGAUUACACUGUAUGCUGACAUGUUUUACAGAGACAGCCAGCACCGGCCCCUAAUAAUAAGCCAGUCACCAGUCUGGUAUCAGGCGAGGCAGGGUGGCAGGUUCAACCAUUUGUAGAAUGCAUUAGACGCGAUAGUUGUGAGAGCUCGGAAUAGCUUCCCUUAGUUUGCGUAGAGUUUAGGCUGAAGAAGGCAAUGGUUGUAGGGGUUUAGUAUUGAUGUGUUAGAGUGUUUCAUGGAAGGAAAACUGCAAAAACUGGAGACAAUUGAGAAAAGGGAACAAAUUGGAAUCAUCUCCCUUUCUUUAACGUCACUUGUUUGUUUUUGCUUUUUUUCUUAAUAUUUUUCAGAAUUCUCCUUUUUUUUCUAGAAAAAUAUAAAUUCAUAUGAAGGGUCAUUAAAUAAUGUGUAUUCACA